AUGGGUUUUGAAGCAACUGGAGAGGGCAUUGCAGCAAGCAUAUUUUUAUCACUUUAUACCAUUUAUUCCGUGAUUGCAUUGUAUGUAGUAUACAAGGCGGGUUUUAGGUCUAGAUAUACUACCCUACUUUUUUUUGGGAUCAUAAGAGUCGGAGCACAACUAUCUGGUGUUGCUUUCUCAAAGUUAGGAUAUGGAUACUGGAAAUGGCUCGUGGCAUAUUUAGUCUUGGGCGCUGAAGGGUACUUUAUGCUUAUUCUUUCAUCUUUUUAUUUCAUUAGUCGUGCUUUGGAAGAUAAAUUCGGUUACAGCUGGUUGUUGCAGCCACUUGAUAACUGUCGUCAACCUGAACCUCCAAAAGACGAUAAAACAAAGUGGUAUUUACGCUUCCUUAGACCAACAUGUGCAACUAUAUUUCAUAAUAUAUUGAUAGCAGCUAAUGCAAUUAUCAUAGCGGGUGGAACCACGCUCACAUCUGUGGACCCUAGUGACUAUGACUCCGAGAAAGAUAAAGUUAAUACCUCGAAGGCUUUGCGGUCCUCAGGUCAGGCAACCUUCUUAUUUCUCACAGUUUGCCUAUUUCUUUUAAGCAUAUACUGUCGCGUAAGGAAUAACGUGACGGGUCACAGCAUUUACUUGGUUAUGAUUGUGUUGCCAUUUUUGUUUGUCAGGGGCAUUUACGGUUUGUUGUCUUGUUUCGUGAGCAAAAUGAAUUACUUUCAGCUAUCAAAUUACGGGGAAUCGGGGCUCUCAACAUAUUUUGUAGCCACCGAAUAUGCUCUUGCUACUACUAUGGAAUUUUUAUCUGCUUCUAUCUUGUUAUCUAACUAUUAUAUUACUCGAUAUUUGAACAAGCAGGAACUGUAUUUCGUUACAGAAAAUAGUACCAAGAAGGAGGUUCUGGAAUCGGAUUCAAACGUUUGA